GACGCCUUGACAGUCUACAGAAUGCGCAGUGAUGGCAAGAUGACACCUUGCGGCUGAGCCUCCUUGCGAGCCUCAUCUGAGAUCCCGCCAGGAGCCCUGCAAUAAGAAUUUGGCGAUUGAGUGCACGGAACUCCCUUGACUGUCUACCACUACAUAUGAUGCGACGCACUGCGUCCGGCAUCUUUUCCCCCCUUCAGGAGUCUCAGCUGGUCCGUAGCUCGCGUCAUCCCCUCCUCAGGGAGGCUCUCCCCGUACCUCGGCGGCCUAUCAGCCGGCAUGACAUUCGUUACAACCAUUCGGAUCGUGGCUACGGUCUGCGAGUGCACGGCGAUAGUGACGACCACGCUACGACUGUACUACCGCGCAUCCAGAAGACACAUCGGCCUCGACGACGCGUGGGCAGCGUUCUCGCUCAUCGCCGUCAUCUUCCUGCUCGCGGGAGCAUGGAUUCGAUCCGACGCGAGCCUGCCGCUGCACAGGCGUGUCCUAGGCUACUUCAUGCUCAACUCCUGCUUUACCUGCGUGCUCUGGUCUGCGCGCAUGAGCAUCCUAUUCUCCAUCAUGCGGAUUAUCCCCCGGUUGAUGCACAUGCGGCGACACACGUACUUCUGCGCGGCGCUAUUCCUGAUUAUGUGGAUCGUCGUGCUGACGCAGAAGCUGUACAUCUGUGUGCACAACGACGAAUGGCAGCACAAGCCGAACGCGCAGUGCAUCCUCGGCGAGUCCGUCGGCGGUGUCGAGCUCGCCAGUGAGCCAAUCCAUCGCUCAAUUGGCCGUGGAAUGUGCUCACAUUCUACUACCAUAGCGGACAUCAUCGCGGAUACGAUACUGGUUGCGCUGCCCAUCCGACUGUUGUGGGACAUCGGCAUUUCGUCGUCCACACGGAAGCUUCUUAUGGCGAUCUUCUCCGCAAGCAUGGUCACGACCGUCGUCAGCAUCGUCCACACGGCGUUUGAGCUUGGGCCGAACCGCAACGCCGAGGCGAUCGCUGCCCACGUCGAGGCCACGGUGUCGCUGAUCAUCUGCAACCUCGCCGUGCUCGUCACCUGGCUCGUCCGCCUGCUCCGGUACGGCGAGGACCUUGAUCGGGCGGGUGGUCCGACUCGUCGACGGGGACGCCGCGCCACCCCUCGCAGGGGACCUCGCUCCGCUUCGGGGACCCCACGAUCAUGCUCACCGCCAGCGCGCUGGGCAGUCAGGGCGGCGGCGAUGAGGCGGACGAUGAUGCUACGAGCGGCGAGGAGCUGUCGUCGCCUGUCAAGCACAAGCGCACCUCGGACGGCCUCCCUGCCGUGUCCCAGGCGGGCCGGAGGUCUCUAGAGUGGUCUUCGCGCCCGACGCGAAAAUGCGGGACGACGAGCGGCGGUCCAGCGAAACGCGUUAGCUGCGUUCGUCGUCCUUCGAAGCACCCUGGCCACCCGAUAGCAUGCUGCUGUUUGUAACGAUUGGGCCUUUAGCUUUAGGUCUGUAA